CCUCGCAAACUUUGAAAGGUGCUAGUACACGGUUCACAUGACUGGUACCGACAAUCUUUUGCAGCUGUAACUUUAUCAAGGGCUCAUCGUGGUCGAUAUGCCACAACUGACAGAUUAUUGUUGGAUCUCUCACAGAGUUACAAUGCCGUAAACUCUUGUCGUUUUUCAUUUUGUUUAUUUAUCGAUCUAUUGUUUCGGUUCCCAUAUCAAACCCAUCCACCUCACCUACCCCACUUUGCAUUUCUGGCCAGCGGAUUGGUAAUGAAAUCUGCGCAUUCAUGUACCUCGCUACUAUGUGUCUCCUUUGGCGCGUUAAACUUGAAAGAUGGCAGACUACCCGUCAGACACGAAGAAAGAUCUUUCUCAAAUUGUGAGAGGCUCUUCAGAAGCAGUAGAACAUUCUCAACCUCGUUUUAGAAGAAAAUCUAAAUACGCUGGACCAAACGAAGAGUUUCUAAAGGCUUUGAUGAACUUAGGGAUCUCGCGAAAUGCAGCUGAGAAGGUGAGUCGACUUGACUGUGCACGUGUCAGUCGGCUGAGUGUCCCUUCUGCGAAUUAGAGAAACUUCUACGAUUGAAAACAAGACUCCAAUUUUUAUAUUUAGCUUAUUCCUUCUGAAAAGUGUCAAUGAUCAAGUCCAACUUAAAUAAACCAAUGCGUUAAUCAGAAAUUCUAGCUUGUGCAAACUAUUUUUUUUUUGUACAAUCUUCCAUUCAAGUCUAAAGUACACAUAUCCGAAAUCGGCCCGGCAAGGACUGCCGUGUAACAAAGCAAAUAAAUUUGCAGAUAUUUAGUGCUGAUCGUCCAUUCAUAUUUUCAUCGUGUCUGUGCAAUUAUUUAUUUAUAUGAGCUUAAUUCGACGGAUGGAGAUUUUCGUUAAACAAAUGAUUCACUUCCUCUGUAAAGUUAUCAGAGACUUGGACAUUGUGUUGAAGGUUAUGCAGGGUUUGUUAGUGUCGUUAAAUGACGAAGAUAAUUGUCAAAAUUAAUGAAAAUGUCACAAAUUUAUGAUUAACCCUUUGACACCUUAGAGUGACCAGCAUCUAAUUUCUCCUUACAAUAUCAAUCCUGAAUCACACAGGGAUGAUGAUGUUGGUGAUAUUCUAAGGAGAAAUUAGAAACUGGUCACUCCAAGGCUGAAUAGGAAUUUCAACGGAGUAAAUGAGGGAAACAUUGGCCAAACUUGACUAGGUCAGGUUCAUUUUAAAUUAAAUGAAAGUGUCAUAUAAAAUGUUAGAAGGAAAUUUUUCUGUGAUUGUUUAGCUGGCCGUGGUCUUUCUGACAAGGGACUAAUACCUGCAAUCUUGCCAAUUAGAGGUUGCAGAAAUUACCUGAAUAAUUUAUACUAUUUGUGAAGUAUCGUCACUUACUGUGACCCUUGUUUUCUGUGACUUACUGAUAAAUAACUCAUUUAUUCCAGGGUCUUUACAUGACUGAUAAUAGUACCGUUGAUGCAGCUGCCAGUUGGGUCCUGGACAAUCAAGAUAUGCCAAAUCUAGAUGAGCCAUUUAAGGUGCAGUGGAUCACAUUGUCUUUUGAACCUUAACAUCAGUAUGCAUAUUCUCCAUACUGUUCUUUAUACAUUUCCAAAGGAGGUGACAAGGAGAGUUUGUUUAACAAUCAAUAACUUCUUUAGUUGGUGAUCAUUUCCCUUAUUCUCAUGACCUUUAUGUUAGAUUCAAGGGUGGUAUUGUUGGGAGAAUUUGGAUGCAAGUUACUCUUAGGAGUUAAAGGGUUAAUAGGUGCUAUUCUUGAAUGCACAUUGGACAUUGAAGAAAUGUAAAAUGGUUUCCGUGUUUACAUAGCCUGAAAUAAACACGCAGGAGGUUGGGAGAACAUGAGAUAAGCAUAGGAAACCACGACGCGAAGUGGAGUGGUUUCCAGCUUAUGGAGUGUUCUCCCAACCUCCCAAGUGUUUAUAUCAGGCUAUGUAAACAUGGAAACCAUUUUACAUUUCUUUUAUAAAAUGACUUAUGAAAGAGGAACAAAAACCGUGUUUACAUACGCUCAUGUAAAAUGGUUUUAUGGCCAAUCAGAGCGCGCGUACUAUUUGAAUUAUUUUAUAAAACUAUUUGUGCAAUUGAUUUACAUAAUCAUUGAUUAAUACCUACAUGAUUUACACACAGUCAGUAUUGCUGAUCUUGUUUGCUCUGUUUGUUGAAGUUGCCACAUUUACUUGUCAUCGCUAUCAUCACAUGUGCGUAUUAGAAAGUGUCCUUCUCUAAUAUUUCAUGCCAAUGUUUAUCUCACCUUAAACCAGCAAAAAGGCUGCCCGAUUUUUUUUAACAAUCACUAUGGCAACUAGCUUGUUUACUCCCCUCCUCCACUUACUUACUUACAAACUGCCCAUCUUGCCACUCCACUGGUGCAUGGGCAGUGACAAAUUCACUCCAUUCUUUUCUUUCGUGGGCCCUCUUCUGGAUUGUCCCCUACGUCUGGUGUAUGGCUUUCAUUUCCGCUUUGUCCAGUCUGCCACCAAGUUUUAGGUCAGCCUCUCUUUCUCUUUCUUUCUGGUGUCCAACGGGGGGCCACAAUCCUUAAUAAAAUUGGGAAAGGGGCAAACUCUAAGCACUGGCCAUGUGGUAACUAAAAUGGUUGUAACUUGGAGUGCUGCACUUACUAGGAGAUGGCUGACUGGGCCAGCUAUGGCCUUUUCUGACUUAGUAUCAGUUGAAACAGAAAGUUUGUUUUGUGUAAUAAAUAAUUUUUAUGUAUGAAAUAGAAUUGAGUGCUGAUUUUCCUACUCCACAGGACUUUACACCAGCCCUUGAGGCUCUCCCUUUUGAAAAAGAAUAUCCUCUAGAUGAAAAAACAUUGAGCAGUCCAUACAAAAUGGUCUUUGUGGUAAACACAGAACUCAACAUGGGUGUUGGUAAGAUUGCAGCUCAAGUUGGCCAUGCAGCUAUUGGUCUCUAUAAGAUAAUGGCAUCCCAGCCCCAAAAAUAUGACCACAUGUUAUCACAGUGGGAUGAUUUUGGGUGAGUAGAAUUUAACCUAUACUUAAGUUAAUAUAUAAAUUGUUCAGUCAUACCAUUACAUCCAAACUGAUUGAAGUCACUUAUGAGCUCAUCUUAUCGGUGAAUAAAUAUCUGGUAGGUGAUAUCAGAAAUGACACAACAGAACACACACAAAAAAAGGUUAUGGUAUAUCUGAUUGAUUUAGUUUGUAAGUUGUAAUCUGUGUCAACCUCCCCUGCAGACAGCUACACAUUUCCUCGUUAGUUAGGAAGCAGAGUUUUGUUACAUCAAGAUAACACCCACAAGCUGAUCAAUUGUGUGUUCUCAUAUUCGAACUUAAUAUUAUCCAAAACAUUUUUGGAUUAUAAGCUAAAUUUUGUUAAUUAUAAACUGUUUUGGUCUACCUUUAGGGCAACAAAGAUAGUGUUGCAAGGUGAAAGUACAGCCCACCUGUUUGAUAUAGAGGAGCUGGCUAAAAAGGCUCAUAUUCCACAUUACCUUGUCCAUGAUGCUGGAAAAACACAGGUAUGCAACCUAUUUUGUUCCAUUCCACCAACAGAAUGCCUGGAACAGGUUACUUCCCUGAUAUGUGUUUGGUGAAGGCCAAGUUCGCAUUACUUGCUGAUGGCUGUGAAACUCUUUUUCUUUACAGGUGUCAUCUGGUGCAUUGACUGUGAUUGGUUUAUUUGGUUCAUCAUCAGAAGUGGGAACACUCACAGGGUUAUUACUACUAUUACAGAGUAUUUGAUUGUCUGUAUUUUGUACUUCAGGAUAGGACUGACUGAGGUCAAGCUAUAAAAGUGUUCAAUAUUAUUAAUUAUCACUAAUUAUGAAUUAAUACUGCUCUUUGGUGGUUAGAGAAGGGAUUAUUAAAAUGCAAAUCAUCAAUUUCAAGAUUGAGCUUGAUUACCUAUGUCAACCCAGCGACCCAAGUGUUUUUUUGUGUCUAAGCACAAGUUAAGAGAUAUAACUUCUAUGGCGUUUCCUCUUGCGAUUACACUCAUUUUGUUCGUGGUUAGUUUUAACUGACCAACCUUUACCACAUUUUCCAAAUCAGUCAUAUCAUUGAUAAAGACAUUCUGUUUCGUCAACCAUAAGAAACGUUUAGAGAGGGGUGCCAUAUUUAAAAUAUACACUUAAUGUUUUGAGAGAGACCAUAAAGGAGAUCGUAUAAAGGGAGGCUAACUGAUUUCAGUGGUCAAAUAUAGAAGAGUUUUUAAACUAUGACCUCUGAGGAGAAUAUUAAUUAAAAAAUACAUCAAAAGUUGGAACAGUUGCCUUUUCUUUCAUCUCAUUCCAUAAUUGUAUACCAACUAUUUCCUACCAACACAAAUGACAAGGGCAAUGUUUCUCGUAGAUGUGCCUUGAUGCAUAUGAAGGUAUUGAGUUACAGCCUUCGGAGUACAUAACACAGGAGGGAGAUAUCCAGGGUCUAUAUAAAAUAGUACAUUAAAGAUCAAAGGGCUCUUGGCGCCAGCUCAUUUAUGUUAUGGCUUAAGUUUGUAUUGAUUUCUUGGACUUGUUGAAUAUAGGUACAGUUGAAUUCGAUUUAUGUGAACUUUCAAGACUUAUGGG